UAUUCGAUAUGCAAUCUAAUCCGCUUGAGCCCUAAACCUCGAUGUUUAUUGUGAACUAUCAACGCUUGCAAAAAGAUGAAGAUGGCGAACCAAGACGAAAUUCGUACGCUUGUCCUGUCAUUAUUAAUCGCCAGGAAAGGUUCGACCCCUGUAACUGUUCUUGAGAGAGAUUAUUAUGAAAUAGAGAAGAAACGUAUACCAUAUAAAAAAUUUGGUUAUAACAAUUUAGUACAUUUUCUACAAAGUAUGCCUGAUCAUUUUGUUGUCGAAGAAUAUGAAGGUAUUCACUACGUACGCGGGAUAGCGAAUAAAAGUAAGCAUGUGAGUUCGUUGGUGUCACGCCAGAAAACUACCACCAACUCAAGAAUCAAAUAUCCACUUCGUCAGGCAACUACAUUCAAUCGUCGAAAUCAGCACACAAGGUUUCAACAAGUUAGACUCACACCUGACAAGUUAUGUCUUCUUGUUCAGUAUAUCAAAAGUAAUCCAAAUGGUGUGAGUUUGCAAAACGCUGUACUAUACGCACAACAGUUAGUACCACAUGUUAAUAUCUCUUCAUCUGAUUUGCAUACACAACUGUAUGAGCUAUCGCAUCAGUUGUGCAUGGAUGGCUACAUGAUAUAUGCGGUCCAGAAUGGUUUGCAAAGUAACGUAGUCCAGCAACCAAGUAACCGACGACCUUUAAUAGAAACGCCAUCAACGCAGUUCUGGAACGAGCCAGAGUUAUCGAGCGAUUCAAUCUUGCCCCCGAAACAAACUGAAUAUGCUGCCGGACAGGAAGACUUUGAGUGGGUAGAGUAUUUUAGUGAUGAAGGUGAUUUCGUAUCAGUCCAUACUAGUAGCAACAACAUCAAUAAUUGCAAAAAACGUGCAAAAACAAGCGAGCUGCUUGUAACAAAUCUUGCACAGCACGUAAAAUCCGAACAAACUGACAUGUUCAAUUACAACAAGAAUGAAGAUGAUAUUGAAAUCAAUGAAAAUGAUUACUUUCCAAUGAAUUACAACAAUACGGAAAUGAGAGCUACUGAAUGUUCACAGGACAAAUCCGAGAUAGUAAGCGACAGAAUAAAGACUCGAUUGAGGGAGUUACUGCAAAAAUAUCCGAAUGGCAUCUGGUGUGCUGAACUGCCUGACAUAUAUCUUAAAGAAUACAAGGUGCACCUUAAUUAUAACAAGCUAGGCUUCACAAGUGUGCGCGAAUUUACGUCUUACUUACCGAAAAUUUUCUAUAUGACGCAAGUUAAGAAGACUGAUGACUUUAAAUUAUAUAGUGCGGAUAAGAGGCCAGUAGUUCCAAAUACGGAGCUUACUAAUGAACCAUGUGCAUCGCAAGAUCACCGAUAUGAUGAACGUGGAACAGCGCAAACACAAUACAAUAAUGAUGAUGACAAAGCACCAAUCCCAUCAAAAGUUUCGCCAAAAAUUACCAAGAAAUACGCUCCUGACGAAGUAAUGAAUUAUGGCGAUGAUGUAAACAAAAUACUAGUAACUGAUUUAAAAUGCACCAAAAAAUACUUAGAGAUAUAUGUUAUAGAAGUGUUUAAUCCGAGCUUUUUCUGGAUACAUCUCCGAGAAAACGUAAAACAAUUUGAAAACAUGAUGGAUGAACUAUCUGAUUUCUAUGAACUUAACAAAUAUAAUUAUACAAUUCCAAAUAUUGCCUUGAAAGAGAACAUGCAUUGUGCAUGCGUUUACGAUGAUAGGUGGCAUCGAGCAGUCAUUAAGAAAUUAAAAGUAGAUAACAGAGCAACGGUAUGGUUUUAUGAUUAUGGCACUGUGAAGGCAUAUGCAGGUCAAGAUUUAUAUUAUUUGCAUUCAAAGUUUUCCAUUUUACCUGCCCAAGCAAUACCUUGUGGUUUAUAUGAUGUUAAACCAAAUGUUGAUGAGAAGUGGAAGAAGAGCGUAAAUGAUAAAUUUGUCGACAAAAUCGCUGACACUCUUCUAGCUGUAACUAUAAUUACUGUUGAUCCUCAGUACAAUUCCAUGAUGGUCGUUUUGACCGAUACAAGUGAAGAAGAGGAUGUGUGUAUAAACAAUUGGUUAGUGAAAGAGAAACUAGCACAAGUUGGUAAAAUGGUGGGUACAUGUGACAUAAUAAAUUAUCUAAGGUUCGAUUUUGACUUUUCUACGUCUAUCAGACGCGAAGACAAUAUAAAUAAAUCACAGCACUGUAGAGAUCAAUCAGUAUUGUAUGAUGAAAGAAUGCAUGUAUUAUCCGAUGUAAAAGGCGAAGAUAUUGAACAGAAAACUGUCAAGUCCUUGCAUAACAUUCCGGCCAGUAAAAUAAAAGUCCUGCAGUUAUUAUCAAAUAAAUCACCGAAUGCCAAAUCUUUAAAUGACAAUACUAAUCAUACUAAAUCUCCAUCCGUUAAAUCUAUACCUACUAAAUAUCUGGAUGCUAACUCUUUAAAUACAUCAUUGGAUAGUUUUUCGGAUACCAAGUCAUCGGAUGCUAAAUUGCAGUCAAGUAAUUCAUCAUAUUUGCAAAAUAGGAGAUCUAGGACGCCUAAAGAACUUAUUUCAGUGUUAGAAAAAUUAGAAAAAUCGAAGCUUAAUGGAAUAUUCAAUUCUAAUUCUAAGACUUCCAUAUCCGAGGCAAACGAAAAUAAUGUAAGACAAAUCGAUUCAAGCAGGAAAAAAGACUCGCAGUGUAGCAAUGAACUUUGUUACGGUUUUAUGAACUUCAUUUCGAGAGAUUCCGACAAUGAAAGUGAUCAGAACGAUUUCGGGACGUUUAGGAGUUUAUAUGGCGGACAUGGCUUGAUGGAACCUAUUGAUUGGUCAGUAAUAAGACAGGAAAAUAAUCUUGCUCACAGAACUAUUAUAUCAACGAAAGAGUGUAAGAGCAAUGUAGAAGAUAAAUCGGAAUCGUAUAAUCAGAGAAAUAAAUUACUUGAUAUACUGAAAGACAAUAUCUUGUAUACAGUAUCUGAUCAUACUGUCACAGUAAUGUUUACACCAAACGUAAAACUCAAGACAUUGCAUGACAAUCAAUCUGACGAUACGAAUUCCAGCAUAAAUAUUGUUGAACGCAUUGACAUAGCUUCUUCAGAGGAAAUUGAUCAGAAGGUGAACAAAAAUGACAAAGUGUACAAUGGCAAAGUAAAAGCUGAUCAGAAAAUAAGGGACAAAGAUUCGAAUACAGAUUCAGAGUCAGUUUUCUUUAAUAUGUCUAAUAAUAUAGAUAAUACAACUAGAGAAAUGUCUGAAUGCAGUUCAAAUGAUUCCUCUCAAUCCAAUACAAAUAAUAAAACGUAUAAUCCUAGAUUUAAGACAAUAUUGGACAAAAUGAAGCGCAAGCAGAUGAAUUCGAUGAACUCCAAUUUCAUUAACAUAAGUAAAUCUUCCAGCAGCGAACAAAUUCCGUUGUCAUCUUAUAGUUGCAAUACCUCCGACGAUACUAUUAUCUCAUCGCAUGACGAACAAUUUAAGGCAUCUAAUGUGAUUGAGAUGAAUACUUCCACAACAGUCAAAAAGUACCUAUCUGAGAAAUUAUCUAAGAAGUUGACAGAUGAAUCGCAUAGCGAUUCUGAAGAAACAAGAGAUCUUUCGUCCUUGGAAACAGAUUCUAUUAUUUCUUCUAACAUUGAUGAUACAAAGCAGUGUCUAUUGAAUCAGUCUUUGGAAAAUGAUUCUUUUGCUUCUAAUGCUAUUGUUUCUUCUAACGUUAAUGAUACAAAGAAGUGUCUAUUGGAUCAGUCUUUGUGUGUGGAAAAUGAUUCUUUUGCUUCUUCUAAUGCUGAUAGCACAAAACAAUAUCAGAAUCAGUCCUCUGAUGUUGUUACGUCAUCCUGUAAUAUUAAUGAUUCAAACAAUCCAUUGAUUACAAUAAAUGAAACGUUGAACAUUUCGAACUUAAUGCAAAAAUUGUUAAAGAUUACGCAAAAUGUACCUGAUAAUUCUGACCAAUUGGAUUCUGAUGAUCUAAGCCAAGAAAGCGUUAAAGAUGAUAACAGUGACGAAAGUAAGAGGGACGAUAUAUCUGAUUGUAUAUCUGAAACGUACGAAACAAUAAAUGAUGUGAAUAUAAUUGAGAAAGAACCUGUUCCAUUGAUUUUUGAUGACUGCGAUAUAGCAUCCGAUGACAGUGAAUGGGAUGCAGGUGCAGGGUCUGACUUUCUUUCUGAGCUCGAAGAAAUGUUUAAAGUAACAAUUGCAAAUUCAACCGAAAUUUAA